AUCCUUUUUCUUCUUCAGGGACUGUUUUGUCUGUUUGGCGAUUACAUCGAAUCCGGUGUGUUAAAACAAUCGCUUAAAAGCAUGAAUGCUGGUCUUGAACUUUGCAGAAGUGCUCUAAAGCUAUGAGCAGUCCUUCUCUCCUCCACUGCAAUGAAGACUGUUGUGUUCACUUUGCUGGUUGUGGCUGUGGUUUGCAGCACAGGUGAUAAAAUCAUUGGAGGUUAUGAAUGUCCGUCCCACUCCCAGCCAUGGCAAGUGUAUCUUACGGAUGGGCGUCAAGCAUGUGGAGGAUCUUUGAUUAAUGAAAGAUGGGUUGUGUCUGCUGCUCACUGCAAGUUCAUACAUGACGAUCUCUAUGUCCACUUGGGAAAACACAACUUGGAUGUUACUGAAGACACAGAGCAGAAGAUCACGGUGGAGAAGGAGAUUCGUUACCCGAAAUUUAACGAUCAGCCUCAUAACAAUGAUAUCAUGCUGAUCAAGCUGAGAAAGCCUGCCAUCUUCAACAAGUAUGUAAAGCCAAUCCCUCUGACAACCAGCUGCACUUCUGCAGGGGAGCAGUGCUUGAUUUCUGGAUGGGGCGACACUGAAGUUGGCCCUGCUUCUGUCUUGCAGUGUUUGAAUUUGCCUGUACUCUCAAAGACGCAGUGUAAGGGUGCAUAUGAUACAUUAAUAACUGAAAACAUGUUCUGCGCUGGAUUCAUGGAGGGAGGCAAAGACUCGUGUACAGGGGAUUCUGGUGGCCCUGUAGUGUGCAACGGAAAACUAAAAGGUGUUGUUUCCUUUGGCGAAGGCUGUGCUCAGCCAGGCUUUCCUGGGGUUUAUGCUGAGGUGUGUCGCUAUACUGACUGGAUCAAAGACAUCAUAGCUAAUAAGUAACUCUUUGUUCAGCCUGGUCGGUCCUUUACAAGUUCAUUUUCCUAAUUAUCUGCAAUUAAAUUCAGUUUGAAGCAUG